CUCCGCCAGCCAUGGCUCGGCCACAGGCGCCCCUGGUGCGACCUCUGGUCGGCUUCUGCUGCUUGCUCCUGGUUCACUACUUCAUCCUGGUCACUGCCUGCCCGGAGGCAGACUUUGGCCAACUCCUGAAUGAGUUCUGCCUCACCAAGUUUAAAUUGGACAUGGAAGAGAUUGACAAAAGUCUUUGGUGUGACUGGGGUCAGACAGUCAGGAGUUACAGAGAGGUCACCAACUGCACCUACCUUAUUUCCCGGAAGCUGGACUGCUACUGGCCCAGUCACCAGAUCCGGGAAGGAAGCUUUGCACGAGCCCCAUCUCGACCCAGCCGAAGGGGCCCCACACAGCGGCCAGCGCCGGCCGAGGCGCAGGCAGAGGCUGCAGGUCGAGAUUAUUUCUGGGGAAGUCUUUGGUCUCUGAAGCGUGUCCGUCCUCCGGAUGGGAUCCUCUGGCCUCCCCGUGUUCCCAGUGUAUAAAACAUGUUAUUAUACUGUAUACAUGGAACAAGCUGUGUUUUAGUGAUUAAAAGAUACAGUCUCAAA